AUGUCGACGUUGUGGCUCAACCUCAGGAGUCAGCUCUCUAACGGCAUCGCAUCUCUUUUGUCUUUUUUGUCAAAGGCCUACAUCGUUGACAGUGCCAAACUGAUGGUUAUUGGCUUAAUAGUCGAAGCAAGCAGAAGAUUGUGCCAAUGGCUCUUUGUACGAUUUCGGAUACGGUACUCAAUUACUGCGCAGUUUAACCAGGGAGACCCUGCGUAUGAGUGGAUAUUGCAUUUCUUGAACGAUCAGGAAGUUUGGCGACGCGCUUACGACUUUCAAGUCAGCGCAAAGAGCUCUACUCGUAAGUGGGGUAUUAGCUCUCCAGUAACCGGUGAAAGUUCGAUUGUCAAAUCCGAGAGUGUCGAAUAUGUUCCCACAUAUUCCCAACCUCAGCUCUUUCGAUGGAGAGGCUACUGGCUUGAAAUCAUGCGCUCUAAACCACAGAAUGAAAUCUCAUUCAUUCUUCCACAUCCACAAUCUUCUGGCUUUGAGUCCAUCUUCAUAUCCGUCUACACCUUGGACAUGUCUGUUCUUUCUGCUAUAAUAGAGGAAGCUCGCCAGCGCUACGUCGAAGUCACAAGGCCAGAUGUCAUCAUUCAUUUGGCGGACAAUGACAUGUUACAUCUCCAUCAUACUACAUGGGGAAGUGUCAAGCGCCAGCUUCGCAGACCGUUCAACUCCGUCAUUUUACAAGAAGGAGUUUUGGAUUCUCUCCGGCAAGAUGCAAAGGAAUUUAUGGAGACAGAAUCUUGGUAUACUGAACGAGGAAUUCCUCACCGAAGGGGUUAUCUUCUCUAUGGUCCUCCUGGAAGUGGUAAAAGCUCUACGAUAUAUGCGUUGGCAGGAGAACUGGGUAUGGAGAUAUAUUCGCUUUCAUUAGCAUCAAAUUUCGUCGACGACUCCUUCUUACAACGUGCCACGUCUUCAAUCCCCAAAAAUUCGAUAUUCCUGAUUGAAGACAUUGAUUGUGCAUUGCCCUCAAUGGAGGAUACCGACCAGGAUCAAUCAAACAUUAUAAAUGUUGCGAGACGGCGGAUUUGGAGGAGUGUCACCGUGACACUCUCAACCUUGCUCAACGUGAUAGAUGGAGUUGGGAGUGAGCAAGGCAGACUAUUCUUUACCACAACCAAUCACAUAGACCACUUAGACCCCGCAUUACUUCGUCCUGGGCGUAUCGACCGGAAGAUACCAUACCAUUUAGCGACUAAAGAGCAAGCAGCGGCUCUUUUCACGAGCUUCUUUUCACCGGACUGUAUUUCCGAAUUGAUUGAAACAGGUGCAUUAACCGGAAAAAUCGAGGGAAAUCAUGAUGUGCAGUCAAUCACGAACCUCUCAAAAUCUUUUGCAUCUCAAGUUCCUUCACAUGAAUUCUCCGUCGCUGAGCUCCAGGGGUAUCUUUUGGGAUACAAGAAACAAGCGGAGGAAGCUGCUGUGGGGGUGGCUGCAUGGAUUGAACAAGAACGGAAAUAUAAGCGUGAAGAGGAGGAAAAGGCGAAUGAAAGGACUCGGAGGUCAAAAGAACAGCAAGAAAAAAUGGUUGGAAAUGACCAUGCAGCUAUAGGACGUGGGGUAAGCCUUGGUAGCCUUGGUCCACCGCAAUCGCUGCGUACUUAG